CAUCUGUGAGUAAUCCCAUCAGGCGAGCACAGACAGUGAGCGAGGCCGGUUAGGGUUAACUCCUGAGAACACUGGCAGGCAAGGCUCGGCUCUUUAACCCAGCGGCAGCAGCAGCAGCAUUUCUCUCCCUCCAGAGCCAGGCAGAAAGGUGGAACAGGACAUGGCACUGUAAAGCUCCCCAAAUCAGCCAGCAAGGCUUUUCAUAGGCCCUUAUCUGCAGUGGGAGGCGUCCUGCACUAUUACUAUUGGGUACAGAAAAUGCUCUUAAUAAGAUCUGCCCUUUUCUAACAUAAGACACAAACAAGCUGGCUGUGCAGGCGGGGGGCUGCUGCUACCACAUCCAGAAAAGCUCUAAAACUUCUUUUUUUUUUGCUCCUUUAGUGAUGGUGAAUGUCAGCAAGCUUCUGCUGGUCUCUGUGGAUGGGGUGUAGUGCAGCAGCUGGCUGGGGACAUGCUAAUGACUUUGAUCCUGUGUCAGGAUACCACGUGUUGCUGUGUCUCCUACGCUGCCUAAGGAGGACUCUCUACUAUAUAAACCACAAACCCCUAAUCAUUGCAAAUCCAGCCUACUGCACAAAAAAAAGACUCAAUUCAGGACAAAACGGCGGCUUCUCAUCCACCGACCGCAGCCUUUUUUUUUUCCAAGCUCCCUUCAUGGAGAAAAAUUUGACAGAUUAAAAAAAAGAAAAAGAAGAAGAAGAAAAGUUUUGACCCCCCUUCUAUUUUUGCACAGAUUUUUUUUAGUGGGGGGCUCUGAAGGCUCCAAGCUGCCGAUUUCUGUGUUUUUUUAUUUUUAUUGUUGGACUGAGUGAGAGGAAGCGACUAUCCCGGGGCUGGAUGAAUGGGAAGCCGGUGGUAAUCGUGGAGGAGAAGACGGGACGCUCUCCCAUGACUUCUGCCUGCUGAUGAAUGAACUUGUGCUGGACUUCCUUAGGGACUGCGGUAGUGCCAUUAGAAGAGGGGAUCCUAGACAGCUGGGUAUGUCAUUGUAUUAGUUAUUAAAGGGGAAGAAGAUCUAUCAUUUAGAAAGGAGGCUGAGGACUUUCAUUCAUUUGGGGGAACUUAAUUUACAGAUCAGUGCAGAACACUUCCAAUAGAAGACUGCAGACAGUUAGAAUUGCAUUAUUAGAACUUCAUAUAGAACCCUGCAUACAGUUAGAUAGAAUAUAACUAUUACGUUCCAUAGAACCCUACAGGCAGGUAGAACUCACAUUAUUAUAUCCUCCCAUAGAAGGCUACAGACAGUUAGAAUUAUAUUAAUAUACCUUCAUGUAGAACUCUGUAGACAGUUUAGGUAGAACUCAUUUUAUCUUUCCAUAGAACCCUGCAAACAGUUAGAAUUACAUUAUUAUAACUUCAUACAGAACCCUGCAGACAGUUAGAUUUACAUUAUUAUAACUUCAUACAGAACCCUGCAAACAGUUAGAUUUACAUUAUUAUACCUUCGUACAGAACCGUUAGGUGGAACUCACAUUAUCACCACUCUCAAUAGAACCCUUUAGACAGGUACAACUCAUAUAUCUUCCCAUAGUAGGGUACAUACAGUUAGGGAGAACUUACAGUUUUAUAACUUCCCACAGAAACUUGUAGACAAGUUGGAAAGAAUUGAUUCUACAUUUCUAUAGAAUGUUGGGUUGAGCUAGAACUCACAUUAUUAUAAUGUCCCAUAGAAGGCUGUAGACAGUUGGGUCGAACUUACAAUAUUAUAACAUUCUAUAAGAGGUCUGUAGACAGUUGGGUAUAGGACUCACUUCUUGUAGAACAUUGGGGACACUUAAAACUCACAAUAUUAUAACUUCCUAUAGAAAGCUGUAGACAGUUGGGUCUAUAGCCAUACUUCUUGUGGUACGUAGGGGGAACUAUAAUUCACAAUAUUAUAAGUCUCAUGUAGGCAUUUGGGUCCUGUACUUCUUGUAGAACAUUGGGGACCAUUAGAACUUACAUUAUCAUAACAUCCCAUAGAAGGCUGUAGAAAGUUGGGUCUAGUACCUCUUGGAGAACAUUGGGGACAAUUAGGACUCACAAUAUUAUAACUUCACAUAGAAGGCUGUAGACAGUUGGGUCUAAAACUUUUUGUAGAACAUUGGGGACAAUCAGAUCUCACAAUGUUAUAAUACCUACCCAUAGAAGGCUGUAAGACAGUUGGGUCCUGUAGGUCUUGUAGAACAUUGGAGACAAUCGGAACUUACAAUACUAUAUUAAUCUCCAAUAGAAGGCUGUAGACAGUUGGGUCCUGUAGGUCUUGUAGAACAUUGGAGACAAUCAGAACUUACAAUACUAUAUUAAUCUCCAAUAGAAGGCUGUAGACAGUUGGGUCCUGUAGAAUAUCGGGGACAAUCAGAACGUACAAUACUAUAUUAAUCUCCAAUAGAAGGCUGUAGACAGUUGGGUCCUGUAGAACAUUGGGGACAAUCAGAAUUUACAAUACUAUAUUAAUCUCCAAUAGAAGGCUGUAGACAGUUGGGUCCUGUAGAAGAUUGGGGACAAUCAGAACUUACAAUACUAUAUUAAUCUCCAAUAGAAGGCUGUAGACUGUUGGGUCCUGUAGGUCUUGUAGAACAUUGAGGACAAUCAGAACUCUCACUAUAACUUCCCUUAGAGAACUGUAGAUUUAGUCCUUCUUGUAGAAUAUUGGGGACAAUCACCUCCCCCUGAAGGCAGUCGUCCCUCUUGUAGAAGGUUGUGUAAAGUUGUGUAGAUGGUCCAUACACAGUGAUUGCAGACAGUCUAGUUCCUCUGCAGUUGUAGGAAGAGAUCUGAGUGUUCUGACUUCAGUCUUGUAGAGGAUUCAGUGAUCAGGGAGAGCUGUAUAUGAGGACACCCCCUUGCACCUUUCAGUAGUGCCUCUGCAGUGAGUGGUGGUGCCGGUGGGCAGUAGUCCGGAGAUCUCAUACAAGCGGUAGGAAGGGGGUUCUGUAGAGAAGGGGAUGCCAGUGGAUGAGGACAGGGGAUCGGACAUCAAUAAGCAAAGAACACUCACUGACAGCCUGUGAAGAUCACUGGAAUCCCACUCAGCCCUCUCUGAGCCCCGGCAGCAGCUUUCCUCCCACAGAAGUCGCAGCCUUCCGCACAGACUGUACUUUACCGGAGAAGACCGACCUUUGUAAACUGGAAGUCCAGUCUACCCGAGGAGCGCCCUGCGGAACCUGCGCCCCGCGCUCCAGCCUGCACCCCAUCCACCGACCCCCGCAGCAGUCCCGGGCGCCCCAUGUACUGAGCGCCCGAUCCCCACCCCCCCGCUCCGCUCUUCUACUGUUCUGUGCCCACCUAAGUCCUGCCAAUAACCGGUGGCUGUUGUGAUGCAUAUUCCCCUAGAUCCCAGCACCAGCCGGAGGUUCAGCCCGCCCUCCAGCAGCCUGCAACCCGGCAAGAUGAGCGACGUCAGCCCGGUGCCCGGCCCGCAGCAGUCCCAGCCCCAGCAGCAGGAAGCGGCUCUGCCGGUGCCAAGGCUACGGGCACACGACAACCGGACCAUGGUGGAGAUCAUCGCCGACCACCCCGCCGAGCUGGUCAGGACCGACAGCCCCAACUUCCUCUGCUCAGUGCUGCCCUCCCACUGGCGCUGCAACAAGACCCUGCCUGUGGCAUUCAAGGUGGUUGCCCUGGGAGAGGUGCCGGAUGGUUCUGUGGUUACUGUGAUGGCUGGGAAUGAUGAAAACUACUCUGCAGAACUCAGGAACGCUUCUGCCGUCAUGAAAAAUCAAGUGGCAAGGUUUAACGACCUGAGAUUCGUUGGCAGAAGUGGAAGAGGUAAAAGUUUUACAUUAACAAUCACGGUGUUUACAAACCCACCUCAAGUUGCCACCUACCACCGAGCCAUAAAAGUGACGGUCGACGGACCAAGGGAACCAAGGCGGCACAGACAGAAGCUUGAUGACUCUAAACCUAGUUUGUUCUCUGAGCGCCUCAGUGAUUUAGGGCGCAUCCCUCAUCCCAGUAUGAGAGUGGGUGUCCCUACCCAGAGUCCUCGGCCCUCCCUGAACUCUGCACCAAGUCCUUAUAAUCCACAAGGACAGAGUCAGAUUGCAGACCCCAGGCAAGCACAGUCAUCCCCUCCGUGGUCCUACGACCAGUCCUAUCCAUCGUACCUGAGCCAGAUGACCUCUCCAUCCAUUCAUUCCACAACACCCCUAUCCUCCAGCCGAGGAACAGGGCUCCCGGCUAUCUCAGAUGUGCCUAGACGCCUCUCAGGUGCCUCAGAGCUGGGUCCAUUUUCAGAUCCCAGGCAGUUUACAAGUAUUUCUUCGUUAACGGAGAGUCGCUUCCCGAACCCACGAAUGCACUACCCUGCAACAUUUACUUACACUCCGCCAGUCACCUCAGGGAUGUCGUUGGGUAUGUCUGCAACCACUCACUAUCAUACUUACUUGCCACCUCCUUAUCCCGGCUCCUCCCAGAACCAAAGCGGACCUUUUCAAACCAGCAGCACACCUUAUCUCUACUAUGGUACAUCAUCUGGAUCCUACCAGUUCCCUAUGGUCCCAGGGGGUGACCGCUCACCGUCUCGGAUGCUUCCUCCAUGCACCACUGCCAAUGGCAGCACAUUGCUAAACCCUAAUCUAGGCAACCAGAAUGACGGUGUUGAUGCAGAUGGCAGCCACAGCAGCUCCCCCACUGUGUUAAAUUCUAGCGGUCGUAUGGAUGAGUCAGUUUGGAGGCCUUAUUGAUCAUAUGCUCCUUCCUGUGGCCUUAGACUAUUUCAAACAUUAUUUUUAAGAAAAUCAGUACGUGCCUUAAUCCUUUUUAUAUACGAAUUCAUAUUUUGAGUGUGACUCAGAAAGACCUUGAAAAUCUCAUGCAAUACAACUUUACCAGUCAACAAUUGUGCCAUUUUGUUAUAAAAAAGGGCUAAAAGCCACAUUGCCUUAAACUAUUUCUUUUUAUUAAUAUUUAUAUUGAACUGAAGCAUUCCAAAGAAAAUUAUAGUUUUUACGAGUACGAAAAUAAACAUCGUCAGAUGUGACUUUGUGGGAGAAAGAAAAAAAGGAGAAAUCUUUAGGAAUUGAAAUGAACGUGCUUUAUGCAAUACAAAAAAAAAAUGCUGAAACCUGCCUUAUGUACUGAAAAAAAGGGAAUUUUUCAUGUGAUACAAGAAAGCUGCACAAAAUGUACGUCUUAUGAAUUUUCUUAUGAAUUUUUUUGUUUUGUACAAUUUCAUCUGGAUGAUGGUACAGACUUUGAACUUUGCAAAAUGCACUUAUCUCAUAUCUCAAUUUCAUUUUAAUGCCUUAAAACAAAGCAAACAAAAACAUAUACAAUAUGAAUAAAAAAACAUUGCCUAUGUAAACGAAAGAAAAGACAAAAAAAAGAAGCAACAAUAUUAGCUCAAAACAUAUGAAUUUAAUGUUUAUUUUUAAAUUAUCUGUAUGUAUAAACUUUUUUUUUGUUUGUUUGUUUUUUUUUACAAAUUUUGACAUCUUCACGUUUUUAAUUUAUAAUUAUUUAAUAAUAUUUGGACCCUUCAAGUGUUUGUUAUGUUAAAAUAUGCUGAUAGGUCCCUAAAUAUGUAUUUUCAUUUAAUUUUACAGAUUUUUUUUUUUUUUUUAAGUUCACAAGCUCAUAGUACAUGCAAGUGUAUAAACAAAGACUGAUGGUUGUGUGUCUGUGCUCAGUGAAGCCACAUAUUUUGUGGGCUAAACCCCAAUAUAUCAAACAAAGACUUUUGGCCGCUCAGAUGUCACUGGUGGCUAAGGGAUUUUGUAAUCUCAUGAUUAAUGGGUUGAGUUCACAAAAUGGCCAUUCUCAGGGGAUAAGGAAACUUUAAAGGGGAUUUCUGCUAUUUUUUUUUUUAACUUGGCUUUAGCUGGGGGCUAACAUUUUAUAUUUAAAACCAUGGCUGCCAGCUUCCUCCAAAAUGUUGAAAAGCUGGGCAGAUCCAGCCUACAUUCAGUAAUUAGAUCCUGCUAAGACCUACCUAGGAAGGUGUGGGGCAUAUCAAAGUAAUCCUUGUGUCCAAAUAUGGACACUUGCUCAGUGGUGAGGUAUAAAUGUCUAUUUUGUUAUUUGAAUAAAAACCUUAAUUUUCUUAAAUGUAGAGUUUGGGGUGGGGUUUCUGAUAGAAAAUUACCCUAAAAGAGAUAAACCGUACUCACCCCUACGGCCCUUGCUUUCUGCAGAUCUCCUUGUGUUUCCCAUUUGGGCCCAGUAUCCAUUCACUGGAAGUGCCAGUGAAAGGUUUCAUGGGGCAGAAUCUUACAGGAGGUUGAGAAUCCCACACUUAAUACUAUUACUAGGACUACUUAGUUCUAUUUAACAUUUCUACUCAUCUUGAACCAUGUGGCCCUCCAUAUUUUAUGGAAACAAGAGGUCUUAGCACUUGGGAGGUAUGCAAUUUGGAGGCCUUCAAGGGGGCAUAGCUUGAAAAAAUUUAAGUGGUUGGUCCAAAUAUUUUCUGGUUGACCAGUUGGGCUAGGCAAAUGUUAUGGUGUGUUCCAUGAGGCAUAUUUUUUUUUAAAGAAAACCCCUUUAAUAACCCCGAAUGAAUUGCAACCGGUAAUUGUGUCUCUCUGUGUCUUCACUGAGCAUACAGACGUAAAAUGUACUAUUCUGGGAAUCUACGUAUAACGUGCUAGAAUGUCAUCCAAUGACAGGGUACAUUUAAAUAUUUUGGCCUGAGCUAAAAAAAAUGCAAAUAUUAUGUAGCAACAUACAGAUCAAUUCACUCAAAAGUGUUUGAACUCAUUUAAAGCUUUAAGCACUAUUGUCGUUGUUAUAUGUAAACGUAUGCACUGCCUCUGUUAUGUUCUUGCACUUCUCUGUUCCAAAGAUUUGGCUUGUUUCUUGUCCUGAAAAUCGAUACAUGUAUUUAGUUAUGAAUAAACGGUACACGCACUUAUCGUGGGUUAACACAGA